UCUAAUAUGGCAGCCUACACGACCAAAAAUUAGCGGAAGAAAAAAUCCUUGCAACAUGAAUAGAAUUACAAGACGAUCGUGUUUAUACAGAUUAACAAUUGCAUAACAUUGUCAAACUGUGGAAUCUGCUCUCUAGUAUUCGACUCAAAGAUCUAAAAAGGAGCAAAUCUAAUACAAAGUUGAGGUGUAGGCAUUGUCGUCGCCAUUUACAUCUAAAAGAGGUUCACGUUCGUAUCUGACAACGUUUAAAAAACAAUGGCACAGCAAGAUUACAAACCAUUUGAUAAAAUAUUCGCCAAGAUGAAAGGAUAUCCACAUUGGCCAGCAAGGAUUGAUGAAGUUCCAGAGGGUGGAAAGCAAGCACCGAAAGGAAAGUUUCCAAUCUUUUUCUAUGGGACUCAUGAAACAGCAUUCCUUGCCACUAAAGAUAUAUUUUUAUACGAAAAGUGGAAACACAAGUAUGCCAAGCCCCAGAAACGGAUAGGUUUUAAUGAAGGACUCUGGGAAAUAGAAAAUAAUCCAAAAGUUAAAUUCUCCGGUGCGCAACCAAGUUCUGACGAAGAACUAGAGGAGGAAGAACAAGAAGAACAACCGGAGUCAGAGACUGAAGAUCAGGUUAAAGCCACGAAGAAAACUCCAAAAAAGACACCGCAGACACAGAAGAAAAAAGAAUCACAGAAAAGAAAAAAGUCUACAUCAGGGGGUAAACCAGCAAAGAAAGCAAGGAAAGAAGAACAUUCUGAUCAAGAGGUGGAAAACGAAGAAGAAGAGGAUGAAGAAUCACCUGACAAUGAUGAUGAAGGGGAUGAGGACUUUGAAAUGGAUGAACCUGCAAAGAAAAGCAAGAAGAAAACACCAGGAAAGACAAAUAAAACAAAAUCAAAGAGAAAAUCAGUUGAUUCAGAUGAAAGUGAUAAAGACGAAGUGGAGAAAGAAAAAUCAAAUGAGGAGAAACAGGAAAAGAAGAAAAAGAAAACACCAGCCAAACCAGCACAAAAGCGACAAAGCAAAGGUUCAAGACCAUCGACUGGAGGAAAGAAUAAAAGUGUUUCCAAGCUUGCAUCCAGCGAUAUCAGCAGUCUAUCUAGUGACAGUGACUCUGAAGAUGGUUUGAGUAGCUGGAAAAAGAGAGAUUUAGAGAAAAAGAAAGAAAUGGAAAGAAAAAUAAAAGAGGCAGAGGAACGAGCCCAUAAGGAAGAGGAAGAGAGAAUCAGGAAAAUCCAUGAAGAAAGAUUAAAAGCCGAAGCUGAAAAAGAGGAUUCUGAGAGUGAUGAUGGUACUUCCCCAAAACGUGAAAGAAAGAGAAAAAAGUUUUUUGAUGAAGAUGGUGUAAACAAAGAUAAGUCUGAAUUAGUCAAAGAAAGGAGAGAAUCCCAUUCUCCGAAAGACAGUGUAUCAAAACAUUCUAAGAAAUCGGAUAAAAAGGACCAUAUAAAAACGGAGAGGAAAGAUCCAGAGGACAAAACAGAUACAAAACAUGAGAAGGACAAAUUAAAAAAAGACAAUAUAGAAAAAUCAAAUAAUGAAUCUGAAAGUAAAGUGAAAAAGAAAGAGCCGAGUAAAACGAUAGAAGAAUUUAUAAAAGAAAACCGUGAAGAAGAAGAGACGAUCAAAGAUGAAAGUGAUAAUGACAUUUCUAAAAAUUUAAAACAUAGUGAUCAUUCUGAUACUAGUAAACCUGUUAAUUCUCAUGAGGAGAGUAGUCAUACAGUAUUAGAUAAGGAGGCACAGGAGACAGAAAGGGAGGCAGAGCGACAACGACGGAUAGAAAGGGUUAGAAAACAAAGAGAAAAAGAAGAAGAAAAAGAGAGGAAAUUUCGAGAAAAAGAGGAAGAAAAGGAGCGAAAGAAGAGAGAAAAGUAUGAACAGAAGAAAAAAGACAAAAUAAGCUUUGUACAGACAGAAACUAAAUUAAUGCAGAUGGACAAAGAAAUAAAGAAAUGUAUACAGAAAGACCAUGAAGCAACUGAUGUAGACAAAUGUAUAGCCAUUAUGGAAGAUUUAGAAGCUCUACCUGUCAAUCAGAUCAUGUUAAAGAAAAAUCCAGACAUUUUAAAGACAAUUAAAAUGUUGAGGAAGUAUAAAGGCAGUGAGAGAAUUAAACAGAAAGCAGAAGUAAUCUACCACAAGUUCAAAGGUUUCUUUCUGUCAGGAGAAGACUUUGGCUCAACUCCACCAGUGAUAAAAGAAAAGCAUAAAGAUAAAAACUUGGAAAAUAAGAAAAGAGAGAAUAAAGAAAAUGAGAUACAACAAACCUCAGAAAAUGGACCAAUAGAAGAUGUAAACGUUUCAUUGAAUUUAGAUUCUACAAUGGAAACGAGUGUUUUAGAGCAGGCUGUUAUAAAUAAUGAUAAAUCUGACGAUAAAACUGACAAUGUAGACAAUAAGCAGGACACAGUCGAUUCGGCAAAUAUACCAAAUAACAAAUUACCAAAUCGGACUGCAGAGAGUCACCCAGACUGGCCAUCACUGCCAAGUCUACAGAGUGAUACGCAAAUCCCUGGUUUAGGAGAGCCACAAAUUCCUGGACUUGGAGACUUGGAUCAGUUGGAAUUGAAAAAAAGUGAAAACGAACAGUCAGAUCAAGAUACAAAAACAGAGGAUAAGGCUUCAGAAAAAGAGGUUAAAAUUGGCGAGAAAGAGUUGGAAAAACCAGUUAAAACUGGUGAGACUGACUCUGAGAAACAAGAUACUGAAGAUGAGGAUAACGAAGUGGAUAUGACCAACGAGGAAUUAGAAAUCAUCAAAAAUUUCCAUGGCAAUUCAAAAAUGGAUUCUAAUGUGAAAGUGACUAGUAAUGAUUCCGAAUAUAAUCCUUAUUCCUCUGGGAAUAAUUCCCAGGAAGAGGAGGGUAAUAAAUCCCAGGAAGGAGAUGGGAAUCAUUCCCAGGAAGGGGAUGGUAAUCCUUCCAAGGGAGGAGAUGGUAAUAAAUCCAAGGAAGAGGACAUGGAUGUAGAUAGUGAAGCCGGGGAUGACCUAUCCAAGUCAUUACAGCAAGCAGCACAGGAAGUGGCUAAGUAUGAAGCACAACCAGAAUUUGUGGAUGAUGUUGAGGACCAGGAAGAUCAGGAAAGAAUAGACUUAGAUGCUAGGAUUAAAGCUAUUAUAGAAAGUCAGGAUUCAUUUUCUGCUGUAGCAGCCUAUGAUCCUGAACAGGAGGUUUUUGACAAGGACUCGUCACCCAUCAAACCAGUAAAAGAAGAGGAGGAACCCAAGCCUGUCCCCGCCCCUGUACCUGCCCCAGUACCGCCUCCUGCAGCUGUAUUGGAAUCCCCACAUCAAGAGUCAGAUUCAGAUGGGGUUAUGUCAGAUGAUGAACUGCAUAAUUUACUUGGAGUGUAGUAGUGAAUAAUUGUAAAUCUUUUGAUUGGAUAAAAACAAGAUAUGUGCAGUAAAUAAUUGUAGACAGCUGAUAUGAUAUGAUGUUUUCAUCAUGAACUGAUUUUUCAGCACUGAAUAAUAUAAGGAGGAUGAUAAAAAAUGAUAAUGUAUGAUGGAUCUCAUUGGUGGAUAAUUUUAGUGCUUAAAGCUGAUUGGUGGGAAUUUUCUUGAAUGUAUUAGAUUGUGUGUGAUGAGAGAGAGAUGUUUUUUUUAAUUACUGAAGUAUUACAACUAUUGAUUUGAAAAAAAAAAUAAAAUGAUCUGAACAAUCCAAAUGGUGCAGAUGGAUUCAUAAUAGAAAACCAUUACUUAAUUGUCUGUCAUGUCUGUAUACUUUAUCUGUUGUAUAUUGAUGGGAUUAAAUCGUAAACAAAUGCCAUUACUGUAAAAUAUCUGCAAUAAUGGUUUGAGCAUGAUGAAUUUGUGGGAGAAUGUGAUGCAUGGGAAUAAUGGUUGUCAAUAAUCAUGACAAUGGACCAAAUCAAAGCUUUCUUAAUUUUUCAUUGUGUUCAAAAUUUUUAAAGUGUUAUAUGAAAGUGAAGAUGAGAAAACCUAUUGAUUAAGUGAUAAUUGUUGUUUAAGAAAUUGUUAAAGUUGAUUUGUAUGUGUGUUUACAAUUUAUUGUAUUUAAAAAUUGACUGAUAUCUUACUGUAUGACUACCACUGAGUUGACGUUUACUUUUUGGGACUUCAUGUGAAUAGGGAUGUCACAAGCCCUUUGUAUAAGUAGUUACAAUCCAUGCCAUUUUGUUACUCUCAUGAUACUCAAUAAUGUAUUGUAACCUUAAGAACCAGGAGUUAGUAGUUCUUUCUCCUUAUUAUCUAUGAUUCCUUGGGUACAUUACUGUUAUAUUUCUUUUAUUAGAUACUUUAGUAGAAAAUACAAGUAAAUUAUAUAUGUAAUACAAUCAAUGGUAAUCUUGCUGUAUCAGCCAUCCUUUAUGAUAUUGAUAUCAGUCAUGAUAGGAAAAGCUUUCUCAAACCCCUUCUCUGUAUGACGUCACAUCAUCGAUAACAGUCGCUGUUGCAAAUACUUUAUCACACCCCUAAUCUGUUUGACAUCACGUCAUCGGUCUCAGUCACGGUUGCAAUGGCUUUAUGAAACCCCUAAUCUGUAUGACGUCACAUCAUAUAUAUCAGUCACUGUUUCAAAGGCUUAAACCCUAAAUCUGAAAGACGUCAUGUCACUAGAAAUAAAUCUACUUGAGGUAUAUGAUGGUUUAUAUGAUAUGGCUUUUUCCAAUAUCAGACCUGUAUCAACUGUCAACCUAUAUAAUCACUGGAGCAGAGCUCUUGGGAUUAUAAUGAUGUCUCAGGUUGAUAUAGAUGUUAUAUUGAGAAAAAAAAAAAAAAAAAAACACUCCUCACCAGUGUAGUUAUUGCCCGUGGACAGAUAGAACAUGUGCAAUGCAGUGGAACAUUGGAACUCUAUCCUUUUAUUUGCUUUUAGUAGUCCUGGAUAUCCAUAAAAAUUUAAGAGAUUGACCUAUCAAAUAUAAUAAUGAAUUUUAGUUGCAUGCUGAACUCAUCAGUUUCACAGCUGUCUAUCUGAAGCUGAACUGGAGGAUUUAUGGAUCUUUUUGUUAUGUAUUUAAAUCGUUUAAGGGGAAAUGAUUUGUAAAUCUAAGAAAAUAACUUAAGUGUUGAGGGUGUGUGAUUGAGUUUCUUAUCAAUUUUAUUUUGUUUUGAAGGUUCCAUAAAAUUAAAUUGCAUUUUUGUGAAUAACUUUGUAAAUGGAGCAUACUGUUUUAUACUAUUAGCACAAUAUAUUGACCAUAGAAUGUCUUUGCUUCAAUUUACUUAACAUUUUCUGCUUGCUUCCAAAAUUGCUUCAUUAAUUAGAAUGUGAUGUGUCUGUGAGUAAAAUGCUGUUGCUUUUAUCAGAAGUUCAUGCAAUGGUUAGAUUUUUCAUCCAUUUGUACAUAACCAUUUCAUUAACCAUUAUUUUUUAUUAGCUGUGUGACUGUACAUUUGAUAGUGAAUUAAUCAGAGAUGUCUUAGUAAUUAAGGAGUACAGAGAUGUCUUAGUAAUUAAGGAGUACAGUCAAAUUUAUCUCCACAAGGAGGAACAUCUUAGUGUUAGAAUAAACUACCUAUGGAAAAACAUCUAUACUACCUUAAUUUUAAUUUAAGAACAGGCAAGGCCUGUGACUCUUCAUAAAAAGAUCUGAUGAUCAAAAUUACAUAAGUUAAAGUGAAAUUUUUAAUAAUUUUUUUUGUAAAUUUUUUGCAUGCUUAUAAAGCAAUCUUUUAAAAUUUUGAAUCAAACUAUUUCUUUGAGAUGAAUCAUAUAUUUUGUUUUUCAUUCAAAAGAAAACGUUCAGUGAAUUACAUUUCUGCAUGAACAUUUGCUAUUUUCAGUAAAAAUCUGAACUGAUCUUUUGUAGUGAAUAGAAAUCCAAAAUAGCAGAACACUCCCAUACUAUCUUAUCAAGAGUUAUGAAUUGUUCAUGUAUCAUAUGUUAUAACUGAAUUUUUGCUAAUAGCAGUGUCCAAAUGUGUUUAUUAAAUGUACUCUAAAGAGCUGGCCACAAAUUAUUACUGCCAUAGACUAU